AUGGAAAAGGAUAGAUAUAAGGAAAGAGAUAGAGAUAGAGAUAGAGAGAAGGAAAGGGAAAGGGAAAAGGAUAGAGAUAGAGCAAGGAGAGAUAGAAGUCGAAGUAGAAGCAGAGAUAGAAAAGAAAGAGAUAGCGAAAGAGAUAGAGAUAGGGAUAGGGAUAGGGAUAGAAGAAGAAAGAGUAGUAAAAGUAGAAGUAGGAGUAGAAGUAGAAGUCGUGACAGAAGAGAUAGGAAAAGAGAUAGGAGUAAUAGCAGAGGUAGAGUAAAAGAAAGAGGUAAUGAUAGAGAUAGAGAUAGGGAUAGGGAAAAAGAUGAAUCAAGAGAUAAUAAAGAUAGAAAAAUAGAUAGGAGUAGAAGUAAUAGCAGAGAUAGAGUAGUUGGAAAAGAUAGCGAAAGAGAUAGAGGAGAUAAAGAAAGAGGAAAAGAUAGAGGAAAUGGAAAAGAUAGAGAUAGAGAUAGGGAAAGGAAAAGAGAUAGAAGUAGAAGUCAAAGUAGUAGUAGUAGUGAAAGUAGAAGUAGAAGUAGAAGUACAAGCAGAAAUAGGUAUAAAGGAAAAGAGGAAGAAGAAGAGGAAGAGGAAAGAGGUGGUAGAAGAUAUAAAGAUUUAAAUUAUUCUUCUAAAGAAAGAGAAAGAAAGGUUAAGACUUAUCUUUUCACAUCAAAUCAAAUCAAACUCUUUACCAAUUCAAUACAAAAUAUAAAUAAACUUUCACAAUUCCAUUCCAAUACAAUUCAAUUCAUUGUUGAAUUGGUUGGUUAUAAAGAGAGAAAGAAACAUAGAAAAGAAAAGGAUAAAGAUACAAAGAAAAAGAGAUCAAACAGAAAGAAAUCAAAUGAAAAAUCAAAGACAGAUGGACCCAUUCAAUUAUCAAAAUAUAUGAAAGAUAGUAGUGAUAGUGAUAAUGACGGUAGUGGUAGCGACAAUAACAGCAGCGAUAGUGAGAGCGAUGGUGCACCCAGAAGUGUCAUCUCCGGUAGAAAGAUUAAAAUGAAAAUUAAAAAGUCAAAAGCGGACAAAAAGAAUGACAGUAACAGACAGGAUCUCUUAAAAUGGUUGAAUGCCUCCUAUCAAUGA